CUAAAUGUUUUAGAUCUCGAGCUAGAGAGGAGUGAAGUCCAGAUCCCUUAAAUGUGGCGGAAUAGGCCUUUACCGGAACCUUCGAAUCGGACGCCAACUUCAGAUUCCUAGACGGGUGGACAAAUAUAUCACACAAGGCCUGUAGUUUAUUUUCUCAGUCCAGUGUUGGGGGAUCUGUCUGGAUCAGAUCUGUUUGGAUCAGAUCUGUCUGGAUCAGAUCUGUCUGGAUCAGAUCUGUUUGGAUCAGAUCUGAUGCGCCUGAAAUCGCCCCGCAUGCGCCCCGGACGCGUCCCCGCAGCAGGUGCUCUGCAGGCUGGUGUCCGUCCAUAUGAGAUGGACAGCAGGACGCUGCCUUUUAUGGCCCCGUUGUUAAAUGGCUGUUACGCAACACGUGGAUGUGUUUUGGUUAUUGAUUCCUGGAGCCCAUCUGCUACAGCGCAUCUCCUGGUUUGGCAUUAACCCUGGCAGGUAAAGGUCGCGUUCAAAGGGCUGUCUUCCAGCGGUCUGAGGCGCCUCCGCUGCGGCUGUCAGAGAUAUGAAACGUGUCCGGGUGGUCGUGCUGGGGGCCGGGGUGGUAGGGUUCUCUACUGCAGUCUGCAUCGCCGAGGCUCUCCCUCUCUGCUCGGUCACUGUUCUGGCGGAGCGGUUCAGCCCGGACACCACCAGUGAUGGAGCUGCUGGGAUCGCGUUUGCCGCCGAAUUCCCAGACAUUCCUCUGGAAAGACAACGCCGCUGGUUCAAGGACAGCUUUGAUCACCUGCUGGCUAUUGCCCAGUCUCAGGACUCACCAGAUGCUGGCAUAAUGCUGAGCUCUGGCUGGCAGAUUUUUAAGGAGGUUCCAGCCAGAAAGAAACCGUUCUGGUCCGACUUUGUGAUCGGCUUUAGAACCAUGACCGACGGCGAACUGAAACGUUUUCCUGAUCACAGGUUCGGACAAGCGUUCACUACUGUAAAAUGCGAAUGCUCCAGCUACCUUCCCUGGCUCGAGGAAAGAUUUAGAAAAGCCGGAGGCCAGGUGGAGCAGAGGAAAGUUAACAGCCUCCAGGAGUUAAGCAAUAGUUUUGACGUCAUUGUCAACUGUUCUGGUCUUGGCUCCAAAGUCCUGGCUGGUGACACCAGCGUGUACCCGGUCAGGGGCCAGGUCCUCAAGGUGGAGGCCCCCUGGUUGACCCACUUCAUCAGAGAUGGAGACGGGAAGACCUACAUCUACCCCGGCAUGCACAGCGUCACCGUAGGCGGGACGAGACAGGAGGGAGACUGGCGACUCCGCGUGGACCAAGGAGACACCGAGAGCAUCCUGGAGCGCUGCAGCAGCCUGGAGCCAUCCCUGAAGAAAGCAAAGGUUCUUAGCCAGUGGGUCGGUCUGAGGCCGAGCAGGAGGAACCCCAGGGUGGAGAGGGAGACGGUGCAGCUGCAGGGACGCACGCUGCCGGUUGUUCACAAUUAUGGCCACGGGGGCUGGGGGGUGACCAUCGCCUGGGGCACGGCUUUGGACGCCCUGGGGUUGGUCAGGCAGUGCCUUAAAGAAAUGCCUCACCAGGCUAAACUGUGAAAUAAUGAGGGCGUUGUUAAACCCACCUGAGAAAUUUGACCCGAGGCUAUUCCUCAUUGUUAGAUUUAACCCGUGGGUGCUUUGGUUAAUCAGCUGAUUCUGAAAGACCCAGCAGUUGACUUCUUCUCCAGAGAUUUUACAUACGCUAGGUAGACAUUAAUCCCAAUAAAGCUUUCUAGAAUGGGUGCUACUCUAAGGUUUAGACCCUCCAAUGUAUGAAAAGUGGGAAGAAAAAGCAAAACCUUAAGAUUAGAGCCAGAAUACCAUCAAGGGGAACUCUGUAUCUUUAUUUGGGAGAGACAGCUUAUCCCAGAUCGUCUCGCAACACACUCUGAUGUCCUUACAGAAAGUCUGCUUUUGUCCCCAAUGGGGACCUACAGUGACCCCAGGGGGGGGUGGGGGUGGCUGUUUAGCCUUAAAACCUCAGCACAUGCUUUUUAAUAUCUACUCAGUCAAGAACCUGAAACUUAUUAUUAGAACACACUUACCAGACAAAAACUCCCCGAACCCUCAACGCCAAGUACUCUAAGCUCACUGUGUGAACACGAGCAGAUGAGCAUGACUAACAUACAGGGAGGGAAUAAAAUAGAAUAAAUAGUGGUUGAUUCUUUUAAAUGUACCUGAAACAGAAGCUCCUAGGAUCGUGUUUAAAUCACUUAGAGUUACUGCUGAGCUAACUUAGCACAUAGGCUGACUAAUUAACCACCUUUUCAUUGAUUUACUCUGUAAAGUGCAGCAAAAGGUGUGGUAAUCUGUGCGAUAAGCAAUUCAAAAAUUACUUCUUCUUUCCCCUAAACAUUUUAUUAAUAUCCUUGGAUCCAGCUCUCUGAACAACCAUCUUCUUUACCAAUGACCUUUGGUGGCUCAGCCUGCUAGGGGAGAAUGUUAAAGACGGUCUGAUCAGACUGUUCAGUUAAGCUUCUUCGCCAUGAUUAUAUCAGCCAUAUCAUCACAUUUUUGGAUUAAAAAUAUACUUUUAAAAAUAUCUUAUGUAAGAUACACAUUUCUGGGCUUAGUUUUAUUUUAUAAAAAUGAAGAGAAACAGAUUUUGAAAUCGAUCACUGUGUGUGUAAUAAAGCUAUAUAAUGCAUACAAACUAUUGCAUAUUAAUACAUUUUUGAUGUACUUUGAUUGAAACAUACCUAUAUAGUUUGAGUACUGAAAUCAAAAUAGUUUUUCUACAUGUAAUCAAUGUUUAGCAGUUAUAUAUUUUUGUUCUAAUCUUCCCAUACUACUUUAUUUCUAAAGAACUACUGUUUCAUGAUCAUGUAAAACUAUGGUCUUACUGAAGGUUAUCAUACUGUGAAACUCUCAUACCAGACCAUACCUAGCAGUAAAUAGUUUAUUUUCACAGCAAUACUUUAUGGAGAAAAAAACAUUUUAAUUCAGUCUCUUUCCAAAUCAUUAAGACAGACUUUACACAAUGUCAGAAAUACCAUUUUAAUAUACUUAGACUUGUACAAAGAAUAAUUCUAAUGAAUUUUAAUAAAGAAAAUGUGGCUUAAAUUAAUGAACAGGCACACAUUUUUAGACAUGCCAUUUACAAUAGCAAAACUGCUUUAAUUGUGGUGAACAGAUGGGAAAUAUGUCAUGUUAAUGGGUGAAAUGCUGUAGUUUACAUGUAGAAAUUCUGUAAGAAAAAUACAUUAAAUUUCUAUAAAUCUUA